UAUUAAAUAAAAUGACAAAAAACAUAGGAAAUAAAAAAUUAUGACUUUGAUAAGUCUUUAAUAUAUUUUUUAUGCUAAGCUUUAGAAAUAGCCUUUACUGUUAUUCAUUGCCUGCAGUCAAAUUUGAUGUUUAACGUUAUAUACAGUUGAAAUUACAUCAGCACUAUAUAAAAACACAAUCAUAUAUAAUAUUAUUGGGAUUUUGAUGUUUUCAAUUUUUGAAAAAAUGACCUCUGCAAAAAAUGUUUUUCUUUUAUCUUUGGCUAUCUUCGCCCUAGUAAAUGAUGGAUUGGGCAUGAUAGAAAUACAUAAAAAAUUAAGGAGAGAUGAUGCACCUAGCUAUAAUUUGGACUCAAUCGAAGAUUAUGCAUUUAAACAUUCACCUUUUGUACCUUCAAUAGUGGUAAAAUGCAUACAAGAAUUGGAAAACAGAGGAAUGCAUCAAAUGAAUUUUUGUACUACAAAAAAAGUCGGUGUAGAAGAAAUUAAUGAUUUGUUAAAUACAUUGAUUACUAAAAAUACUAAUGUUGAUAUAUCAUCAUAUUCAAUAUCAGUAAUUGCAGGAACUCUCACAUACUUUCUGAGAAAUAUAAAGGAGACUUUAAUUUCUUCGAAAUCAGUGUAUUACUUUGCAAAAGCUGUAGAAUUAGAAACUGAUAAUAAAGAACUUAUGCAGUUAAUUAAGAGGCAACCGACAAUCAAACGAAAUACACUUGCAUUGAUAAUCAUUCAUUUAAAACGACAUGCACAAAUAAAUAAUUAUGAUUUGUCAGAAAAAUCUCAUAUUAAACAUGUUAGAGAAGUUUUGUUCAAAUUGAAGUUAUAUAAACAAAUACAAAACUAUGAAUAUUAUGAAAUCCUUACAUCUAUAAACAAAAUUACUCUGCGACUUUUGAAGCUUUCAAAAAAGUUCUGGAAUUCCAUUGUCGAUUAUACAUCCAUUAUUGAUGUAAUGCCGUCAGUAAUAGAAGCAAAUGAUGAAGAUGACUGGAUGAAAAAAGAAAUGAAAAAAGAAAAUUAUGAUGAUGAUGAAUCUAUGCAGGUUGCUUCAGGUGGUCGGUCUUCAGAAUAAUUAUGGAAAUUUGGAAGAGAAUAAAGAAUAGAUUUUAACUGACGUCAUCAAUGUAACAUUGUAUAAUUGGUUAAUAAUCAAUAAAUAACAAUAAAUAAUUCUAA